UACACGUUUACUUGUCAAGUGAAUUAGUCAGGAUAGAAAAUUGAGCAAAGCCAAGUUUUAUUUUAAGAAAACGGUUUAAAAUGAAUUGUCCUUGUGGAAGUGGUUGCAAAUGUGCCACACAAUCGCAGAGUGGACGCUGUGCCUGUGGAUCUUCAUGCAAAUGUGCCGCGAACAAAAAGUAAACGAGAACUAAGAUAAAGAAGAAAUGGAAUAAAACUCAUUGCAGAUAAACAAUAAAAUACAAAUAAAAUAAUGCAUCACAUAAAUUGUCGAUUUAUAAAUGUACGCGAUAUCAACUUAUGUCAAUUUAUCUUUACAUAAACAAAAAGCGAUGAAAAUAAACUUUAUUGACCUCUAAGGAAUAAA